AUGAUGGCUUCAUCCCCAACCCUUGCCGCGCUGCUACGCGCCUCGCCUAACCCUCCUCCUCCUCACAAUCCUCCUCCGGCAGUCUCGAGCAGCAGCAGCAGCAGCUCAACGGCCCCGCGUCCCCUCGACAACCCCAUACACCAAGCCUCGCACCACCAACAUCAGCAUCAACUUCAACUUCAGGAGCAAUCCCAGCCCGAGCAGCCUCAACAACCCGAAAGCGGCCCCUGUUCCUCGCCCGAGAUAGAACUCCUGCGCACUACCUUCAAGCGCCAGACCGUAGAUGCAGGCACCCAGUAUUCUCGACCCACGACGCCGUCUCGAGCGGUCUCCCUGCCCUCCUCGAACGCCGCCGCCGCCGCCGCUGCUAGUACUUCCUCUAGCAGUAUCAACCAACAUUCCCAGCGGACCAGUCCCAAUUCACGGAUGCCAGGCACUACCAUAGGCUCCAAACGUAACACUCCAGAUGCGACGAAAGUACUCGCUGCUCCAGGGCCGUCGUCCGCAACCUCCAAUCCUUCCCACCAGCAGCAACACCACCAGCAGCAGCACCAGCAACGGCGGCAGCAGGUGGAGGAGGAGGACGGGCGGCCGGAAGGAUCGGCUUCUAAGCGGCUGAGGCCUGCUAAACCACCCGUCAAGCUACUUCCGCGGCGGUAUGAGACAGCAGAUCCGCGAGAUCUGGUUGUGCUGAUCUCCAGCAUGAUCAUGGAGCUCAUCAGAUUCAAUGACCAGAUCCCGCUUCGAGAUGGCCGAUUGACUCGGUUCCACUCCCGUUCGCCGCCUCGAAUAUCGGUGCAAGACUACCUGCAACGCCUUACGACUCACGCUACCCUCUCACCUCCAAUCUUGCUCAGCAUGGUGUACUACAUCGACCGUCUCUGCGCUCUGUACCCUGCAUUCACCAUCUCCAGCUUAACAGUGCACCGUUUCCUGAUUAGCAGCGCAACGGUGGCUAGCAAGGGGUUAAGUGACAGCUUCUGGACCAACAAGACGUAUGCUCGAGUUGGCGGUAUCAGCGUUGAGGAAUUGGCCCUUCUGGAGCUUGAGUUCCUUUGGCGUGUCGAGUGGCGCAUUGUCCCCCAACCUGAGGUGCUCGUUGACUACUAUCUCAGUCUAGUCGAGCGCUGUGAGGAGUAUGAGAUGCAGCCCCAGGCUCCGGCUCCGGCCAUACCAGUGGAAGUGGAAGCGGAAGCUGCCGUAGGUGCUCGACCAGCCCAGAUAUCAACGUUAGCGUCGGCGUCGACGACUGCACCGUCUGUGCCCUCUGCGCCAGUUGCACCAUCGGGCUCGGCCACCUCAGCGGAACCGUCCUCACCAAUCGUACCCUCUGCACCGCCUGCACCAUCUGACUCGAGUCCCAAAACCAAACCAGAUCCCGAGUCCGAGGCAGCCGAAAAGACAGAGCCGGACGUAGUGCAAAGCGAACAAUCCUCUUCGACAUAG